AUGACAAAAUCAAUUUUGAUUAUGACUGUUACUGGUAAUCAGGGGUCGGCGGUCGCCGAUGUGUUUCUCAACAAGCCGGGAUGGAAAGUCAAGGGUCUAACACGCAAUCCAUUAUCGCUUGGAAGUCAAACCCUGGGUGAUAGGGGUGUUGAAAUCCUUCAAGGAGAUGUCAACGAUGUUGACUCGCUCAAAGCUGCUUUCCAGGGAGUAGAUGUCAUCUUUGGCAACACUGUAUUCUCUGACGCUAUGUCAAAUCCAAACAGCCCAGAUUUGGCCUUAUUGAAACCCGGUCAGAAUACGAGAGUGUUGAGUUAUGACUUGGAGCUUCAACAGGGCAAGAAUAUUGCGGAUGCGGCUGCAAAUGUUCCCUCACUUAAAAGGUUCAUUUGGUCUUCGCUUUCCGAUGCCACUAAGUGGAGUAAGGGAAAAUAUAAGGGCGUGUAUCAUUUCGACUGCAAAGCCCAUGUCGAGGAUUAUAUCAGUAGAACGUAUCCCGAAUUGGCACAAAAGACGUCUGUCUUACAGAUGGGUUUGUUCAUUACAAAUUGGAAAUGGGGAAGGACAUCCGUUCCUUGGCAGAAGUUACCCGAUGGAACCAUGCUUCUGAAGAUACCCGGUAGUGGCAAUGAGCCGAUCCCGUUGGUCCAUACACAAGACACCGGGAAUUUCGUGGAUGCCUUACUGAAUCUUCCAGCAGGCACGAAUAUGCUUGCAUUCGGUGACCGUCUGACAUGGCCGGACUAUGUGAAACUUUGGAGCGAUAUAACGGGUAUUCCAGCAGUUUUUGAGAAGACUACUGUCGAAGAACACAGCAAACUAGCCCCUGCAGAUCAUAGCGCAGAAAUGGCUGAGAUGUACGGCUACAUGCAGGAAUUUGGAUUCCACGGAGGAGAUCCGAGCGUCUUGUACUCUAGGAAUGUCAAACCUGAAAUCCCAUGCACGCGUGUUGCCGAUUACAUCAAAUCAGAAGACUGGUCACAUGUAGGGGAUCCUAAUAUCACAAAGUAG